AUGAAUCUAGAAGAUAUUGAUCAAAUUCAGUCAAACGGAAGUACGGCUCUGCAUGCGGCAUGCUAUUUCAAUCAUCUUGAAAUUGUUCGAAGUUUACUUGAAGCUGGUGCAUCACGGGCUAUCAAAAAUAAGAUACCAGGUAACAAUCGUUUUAUCGGUGCUUCAGGAAAAAUUGAGUGGAUUAUCGUGACACCCUAUGUUAAAGAGACGGCAAGAGCCGAACGUCAUUCUUUAAUGUUCUACGCUAAUCAUUCAUUGGAGGAAUUGGUGCAACGAGCCACAAAAUUCUAUUUAUCAACACAAUUAAGUAGUGUUGAUAAAAUAGAUCAAGUCAAGUACUUUUUCCAACAAGCGAUUGAGAAAGGUGAUGCAGAAUACAUCGUGAAAGCUUACACAGCUGAAACUGGUUUUUAUUCCCGUUUGAAUCGUGAUUUGGCUGGUGGAGCAGAGACUGGAAAACAUGAACGACAGUUUAUCGUCGACAUGAAUUCUUCAUUAUCAAAAAAUAUAUCUAGUCGUAUUCAGUCAUAUAAACAUCAUGGUAAAGAUCUCGAUGAACUUCGACGUCGACGAAACCAAUAUAAUAUAUCAUUACGAAAAACCAAACGUGAUGAACAAAUACAAUGUAAACGUAAUCUUAUUGUUAAUGAAAGUAUGUCAGAUGAAACCGAUGAUGAUGAUGAAUUACGUCGAUGUUUAAAUCUAAAUGAAAUUCUUUUACAAUCUCAAAAUUCUGAUUUAUCUAUAUGUUAUGAAGGUAUACGUUCAGCACGAAAACUUUUAUCUAUUGAACGUAAUCCACCAAUUGAUGAAUUAAUUAAUUUAAAUUUUUUACCUAUACUUGUACAAUGUUUAUCAUAUGAUCAAUAUCCUGAUUUACAAUUUGAAGCUGCAUGGGCAUUAACAAAUAUUGCAUCAGGUAAUACACAUCAAACACAAGCUGUUGUUAAUGCAGAUGCAUUACCAUAUUUAUUACGUUUAUUACAUUCAACAUAUUCAAAUGUUUGUGAACAAGCUGUUUGGGCUAUAGGAAAUCUUAUUGGUGAUGGUUCAAGAUUACGUGAUUAUGCUAUUGAAUUAGGUGUUAUUUCACCAUUAAUUGAAUUUAUACAAAAAGAUAUUCCAAUAACAUUUCUUCGAAAUGUAACAUGGGUUAUUGUUAAUCUUUGUCGUCAUAAAGAUCCACCAUUAUCAUUAAAUAUUGUUCAAGAAAUUUUACCUUCAUUAAAAUAUCUUUUAUCAUUUACUGAUGUUACUAUUCUUGUUGAUAGUACAUGGGCAUUAGCAUAUCUUCUUGAUUGUGGAAAUCCUAUAAUUCAACUUAUUGUUGAAUUUGAUAUAAUAUCAGAUAUUAUUAGAUUAUUAAAUCAUAAUGAAAUAAAAAUUAUUACAGCUGCAUUGAGAGCUGUUGGAAAUGUAGUAACAGGUACUGAUGAACAAACACAAUAUGUACUUAAUCAUGGUGUUUUAAAUUAUUUUUCAAAAUUACUUCAACAUUCAAAAAAUAAAAUUAAUAAAGAAGCUGUUUGGUUUUUAUCAAACAUAACAGCUGGUAAUCAACAGCAAGUUCAAGCAGUAAUUGAUGCUCAACUUAUACCUAAUGUUAUUCAUCAUUUACAACAUAGUGAUAUUCAAACUCAAAAAGAAGCAGCUUGGUGUAUAUCAAAUUUAACAAUGAGUGGUUCUGUAGAACAAAUUCAAUAUGUUGUUAAUCAACAUGUUAUUCCUCCUCUUUGUAAUUUAUUACAACAACAAGAUGCUCAAUUAUUACAAGUAUGUCUUGAUGCAUUACAUAAUAUUCUUAAAAAUAUACCUGAAGAAAAUCUUGAACAUGUGACAAGAGAAAUUGAAGAAUGUGGAGGUCUUGACAAAAUUGAAAAUCUUCAAACAUUUUCAAAUAAUGAAAUUUAUCAUCAAUCCUAUGAUAUUAUAGAAAAAUAUUUUUCAAAUGAAAAUGAUGAUGAUGAUGAUGAUAUCUCAUCAAUGAGUCAAGUUCCACGUAAUAAUAUAUUUUCAUUUGGUAAUAACAGUGCUAAUCAAACUGUACCUGAUAAUAAUUUCAAUCAAAAUAAUCCACGUUUUGAGUUCUAA